AUGGACCUAGCAAGCUCUCUGACCCAGGAAGAAAUUCCUAUCAAGCUGCGAUGCGCCAUCUGCAACAAGCUGGUCGUCAACGCUUUCGGCCUGCCGUGCUGCGACCAAUCGAUAUGCGGAAACUGCCAAUCUUCGCUGCCUGAUUCCUGCCCGGUGUGCUCCCACAGCCCUCUCUCCGCCGAAGACUGCAAGCCGAAAAAGAAUCUGCGCCUUACCGUCAAGGCAUACUUGAAGUCGGAGGAAAAGAAGCGCGACAAGGAACGCUCCGUCAGCGUUGUAGCCAAGCCCGACACUCCGGUAACUCCAGGUGGAACCGCGCCACCUGUGGUCCAAUCUAUAGAGCAGCCUCUUGAUGCGCCCGACCAAUUUGCCACCAGCGCCCCGGCCGCUGCUCAAGAAGCGAAGGACCAGGACCACAGUGACGUGGCCCAGACAAACGAGGUGCCUCAGGCUGAUACGGCAACUCCAGUUGCGGACCUUGGACAAACAGAGGGUGCAAAUGAAACCGAAGAUCCCCAGAACCAGGAUCCGCACGGCCAGGACCCCGCCACAGAAGCCAGCGCCGGGGAAAACGCAGAUUCUGAAAAGAAAGAGGAUGGUCAAGAGAGUCAAGAAGGAUCUCAAGAAGGUCAAGAUGCGCAAGGCGAAGGCGACAAGCAAGCCGGAAACUGGAAUGCCGGAGCGAACGGAACCCCAGCCCAAGGCCAGAUGUUUGGAAACGGAUUUGGUUUUGAUCCAAGCCAAGCCGGGUUCAACGGCAUGAACUGGACUGGCUCCGGAGGCUUCAACCCUAUGAUGAUGAACGGCAUGUCCAAUGGCAACUGGAACAACUUUGGUAUGAUGGGCAUGCCCGGCAUGGGGAUGGACCCAAUGGCCAUGUCCCAAGGAAUGUUCGGAGGCUUCGGAGGUCAAGGCAUGGGCAUGAACGGAAUGAACAUGGGCAUGGGCUACGGCGGAGGGUACGGUGGCGGAUGGAAUGGACAGCAGAUGAGUGGUAAUGACUUUGGUGGCGCAAAUGCUGGCUAUUAUCCCGGAGGUGGAUAUAAUCAACAAUCGCACCAGCAAGGGCAUUUCCCGCAGCAUCAGAUGAAUCAUCAUCACAACCAGCAGUUCGCAAAGAAUAAUUUCCAGAACCAGAAUCGCUUCCAGGAGCCCGGCGCAUAUCAGCAGCAGAAGCAGCUUGGCCCAGACCAGCAGGGAGAUAGCGGUGCUGGUCCUGGCCAAGCUGAUGGAAAUGCUGCUGCUCAAGGUCAGGUGUUAGGCGAGGAUCAAGGCGAGACCGAAAAUAAGGCCUCCGAGAACCAUGUUUCCGAGGCGAAUGUGGAGGACGGCGCCCUCGAGAACCAAGUUCCUCCGGACCUUCACAAUCGACGGUCGUCACAGGCAGAAUCGGGCGAUGCGCAGAAUGAUGCGAACGACGAAGAGAAUCCUACCCAGCCGGCUGAUGUCACGAACGAAACGCAAAACGAGGCGACAUCUGGAGAAGUUCACGAGGGCGACCCAAGUGCGGAAACCAAGGAUGAAGGUGACACUAACCCUACUGCAGGAGGACCUGACGCCCAAGAAGGCGAGACAGGACAAGCUCCCGAACUUGGUGAGGAGCCAUCCGAAAACGCGCAGCUUCAAGGUUCCCAGCAGCCAGAACAUGGGUUUCCAAACCAGAACUUCCCCCACCAGCCCAUGGGUGGAUUCGGCAACGCGGAUCCUACUACCAUGGGCAUGAACAUGAGCAUGGGAAUGGGCAUGGGCAUGGAUCCUUCAUUCAUGGGUAUGCCUAUGGCCGGCAUGCCCGAUCCUUCGAUGGGUUUUGGGCCUAUGAAUCAGCACUUCGACUACUCAGGCCGUGGAAGAGGUGGUUUCAGGGGCGGUUACGGACGCGGCUAUCAGAACUUCCGGGGAGGUUUCGGACGCGGGAUGCAUGGCCCUGGAUUUGGACCAGGAGGUGGUGGUUUUGGAGGAAACGUUACCGUUCUAGCAGGUGGAGAGCCAAAGGGAGUAGGAGUCGAGGGUGCUCCAACGGGACCUAAAGCCAUGCGCGAAGGGCUGCCAAACACCGGUGCCAGUGGCCGACUGGGUAGAGCAGCAUUCGCUGGUGGUAUAGGCAGAGGCUUGCCGCACCAAGGAUCGGCCCCUCCAUCCGAGCACCAGUCAAGGACUCCGACGGCGGAUGACCGCGAUGAUGCGGUCAGCAUUGCGAAUGGUACGGAUGCCGGUAGCGAAGCCGGUAGCCGCAGAAAGCGUGACAAGUACCGCGAGCGCGAGAAGGAGCGCGACCGUGACUACGACCGCAAAGACAGAGAAAGAGAACGCGACCGUGAUCGCGACAGGGACAGAGAUAGGGAGAGGGAAAAGAAGCGCUCCUCUCGCCGGGACAGGUCCGGCUCCCCAUCGCACGAUUACUCCGACGACGAUAGGCACCACCGUUCAUCACGCCGCCGUCGUGAGAAGGAAAAGGAGCGGGAAAAGGAAAGAGACCGUGCGGCUCGUAGAGAAGAGGGUCAGGCCGAGGCUGAAGAAAGCGAGUUCAAGAUUCAAGGCCGCUCCAAAUCGAAGCUGGCAAAUGAGACGGCUGACUCGUCCUCGAUGCCGCCUCCGCCCAAAGGUAUGUCUAAUUCUCGAGCAUCCCCGCCUUCGCAGGCGCCCAAGGGCCCGUCGUCGUCUAGAACCCGUGACCGCGAUCGCGAUCGUGAAAGAGAAAAGGACAAGGAGCGGGAGAGCUCGUCUCGGCGCAACAGCGUGUCGCAGUCGCCAACGACGGACGGGCCUUCCCAAAGCGCCGACCCGCACACGCUCGAGCGCGAGGCACGCAACCGCGAGCGCAUGCUCAAGGAAGCGCAGCGCAGGGCGUCUCUUCAAAAUCCUUCGUCUAGCAGUAGUGAGAAAAGAAAGCGCGGAUACGAUGGAUACGAGGAUGAUAAGUCGUUUGCCCCACCAACGGGUCCCAGCGCAGAGCGCGAGCGGCACAGCAGCAGCAAGAGACGCAGAGGCAGCGAAGCCGAGGCCAGCGGCAGCGGCAGCAGGGAAGAUCGCAGCAACAGUAGCAGGAAGAGGCGGGUGAGCUACAAGUACGAAGAUGAAGAGAAUGACGAGGCUCGAGCCAGGCGUGUGGAGAGCGAAAGGGAGGCACAGAGAUGGAGGUAA